AUGGGGAACCGACUGCGAGUUACCUGGAUGAGGAGCUGCGGGCAAAGCUGCGGCUGGAGGCUUCGGCUUGGGUCAUGCUCUCGGCCAAGUGCAGGGGGCGUGCUAAUCUUCAGGACCUUCGUUUGUCGCACUUUGAUCGUUACCUGGAGUUUCUUCGCGGUGACAAGUGUUACAAUAUGCAAGUGGCCGGAGCGGCUCCUACGAGCUCGGCGGCACAGGCGGAGCGGCACACCCUCGCUGUCCCGUGGAAUGUUUUGCUUCAGUAUGAGUUUGAACUACGUAAGUGGGCAAUCAAGGAGGCUCAUCGUGAUGGUGUUCCACUCGGGGAUAAGUUGCAUGAGGCCACACGCCACGGGAUAG